UCGACGCUUGUUACAGCCUUGACGUGACCUUCACACCACCGAAUAACAGCACGGGUGUCAAGAUCCCAAAUAGCAGCUGAGCCAUCUGACCGACCUGCUGCGACGAAUUUGCCAGUGGGAUCAAACCGAGCAAAUGAUGCACCAGAGACCAGUGAGGUUUGUACAGCGGUCGGGUGCGUGACAGUAAAUGGGUCUUAGUAUGAUGGCUCAGUAUACAUUAUCGAAAACGAUGCGCAAGCAUACUGAGUAAGGAAGCGUUCAUGUUUAAUUUUGUCCAGACGACAGUUCCGAGCUCUCAGUGAUGUUUGAGCGGGAAGGAGUUGGUGCUAGUUAUAAGUCACGUUGAACUGUCACGUCGCGUCCGUUCUCCAAACAGCGAUCAUCGAACGGCAAUGAGCUCUUCAACACUUCCCAAUCUACUUGCGGCCCUUGUCAUUCCUCAAGAAUUCUCUCGCUUUGACAAGCUCACAGAUGAACAAAUCCUUGCUCAACUCAUCAAGUGGAAAAACGGUGUUAGUGCUAGCCUCACAAGCCUUUGCGAUCUACUCGCAACGCGACAUGGCAUCCAAAGCCUACCUGUCGACGAGCAGGCAGAUAUUGCUACAUCAGUAGCUAUGUUUGAUGGUCCUGGUGAAUGGAUCGCAGAUGACGCAUCAUCUCUCGCACUAUCCAUCCUCAACCCGCUUACAGAACCAGACAUCCCUCCUCUGGUACUAACGCGUAUCCUGACGUAUCACCUCAAACCUACUUUCGCUGCCAAUCCCCAUCCACGGCUUAAUUUGCAAACAGGGCGCAAGUUACCUCAGCCAGCGGAUACGCAAGACGCAUAUGAAGGACAGGUAUGGAAGACGCGUAUCGGAACUGGAAAUGUUCUAGGGUGGUGUUUACGAAACAUUGAAGCCAGCACGUAUGAAUCGAUUUGGCACCUGAUUCUCCCUCCUGUGAUGACCUACCUCGAUGAUUUUGAAGCACCUUACAAACUGCGGGGAGUGCAGCUCGUAUCCGACUUGCUUUCUCGCGUUCCUCCAGAGCUUCUCAAGCGUACAGGAGUUGACGGCCUUUUAUUCACAUCUUUAAGCGGUACAUUUAAUCACCUGCGCGAUCCGUUCACCCCGGAUCUGAUUCGCGCCGCCGUUCCUACCACCUUGCACCUGAUUGACCUUACCUCACCACCCUCACUGGCUCCGCUUCCUCCGACAUCUGGAUUUCCCUCCAAAGGCCGCUCCAUAGUUAAAUCAGGGACCUCCCCCGCAAAUCCGGCCACCCGAUAUGAACAUCUAUCCACACUGCUCGGUUCCUGCCUUAUUGGCACUGUCUUCCUCUAUGCAUAUGCCGAUCCUGAGACCGUCCUCGCAGCAACAGACAUGCUUCCGCUUGUACUUAUCCACAUCGGAAUAGGCGCUGCCAGGUGGCUCAAGGCAUUAAUUCCACAGUUGACCCAUGCUCUUCUCCCGCCAGCUGUUCCUUCCUUCACCCGGCCGCUUGAUGUUGAUCUGAGGCUCAAGGUAUCUUCACUCCGCGCACUAUGUACUUGCAUUGAAACCUGUGCCCCCCGAAUGUAUCUGUGGAAAUUCAAUAUCAUUGAUGCAAUUGGACGUGCAUGGGCAAGUACUAUGGAUAUUGAAUAUGAAGGUGCAAGUAGCCUGGCACUGGAAUACAAAGCUCUUCUUCGAAUGACCUAUAUUAAGCUAGCAGAAGUAUGCCCAAGCAUCAUUCAGGAAGAAUAUCAACAGCUCAUAACAUUUGAUUCUGCACUCUUUAAUAGUCUUGUUGGCAGGAGUUCUUUAGCCACAUCAGACAAAUAA